AUGGAAUACGACCGCGCCUUCGACGGAGGCCCUCCCAGUCGGGGCUUCAACAUGCGUACUGGUUGGUCCGGAACCAAUCGUGGAGGUUAUGGAUUUCCCUAUCAGACUUCUGCGCAAUUUUUUAAUUCUUUGAAUGGUUUGCAACAACAGCAACAACAACGACGACAGUAUCAGCAGCAAUUGCAGUAUCAACAGCAGUAUCAACAACAGUUGCAGCAAAGACAGCAGGAGUAUCAACAACAGUUGCAGCAGCAGUAUCAGCAACAGUAUCAACAACAGUUGCAGCAACAACAGCAAAGACAGCAGCAACAAACCUACGGCUAUCCCCAACAAUCUUCAUCAUACGGCUACUAUGGAGGCAAUAAUAAUAACAACAGUAUUCCAGGAUACAUGUCCUCAUGGGGCAAACCUUCCAAUAGAGGAUACUCGUAUGGGAUGUUUUGGUGA